AUGUCAAAUGUCAUUGAUGCAAAGGCGAAGAUUUUAAGUCAACUUUUGACUGGGAAUGGGUUCGAGUUCUCACAAAGAAUGAGAGAAGCAUUAGAGCCGGGAAGGUCUCAUAAAGCACCUGAUAGAUACAUGUAUAUAAUUGAUAAUACCCUUCACUCUUAUCUCUAUUUUGGGUGGCUACACCACGGCCCUAUAGAAGCUAUUCGGCCUCGGUUAGGAAAAAGGCGACGACUGUUUAAGCAGAAUGUUUCAAUGAGUCAAAACAAUACCCACACAGCUACACACGAAGAAGGACCUGAUGAAGAUGCCAUUCUGAGCCGCUGGAGUGACUUGCUUGAUUCCUUGGAAAAACUCACUGUACAAGAUUCACAAAUUGCACAUCUAUUUAACAGAUCUAGUGUCCUAUCCUCUUUGGUUGGAUUAAAUCUUGAUGAAUUAAAAGUGGUGUGUAAACACAUCUCUUUUGGAGAUUGGCCUGAAGAUGUACUGGCAGAUUUAUUGGGAACUGUCCAGAAUACGCCAGACAUUUCUUAUUCAUGUGCAACAUUUCUCAUCAGAUCCUCCGUAUAUUUACGGAUAUCCUCGUUAAAGACAUCCAUGUCCCGGUUAAUUGCAACUCCAUUGUCUAAUUUAGGUCAAAGUGUGGGAAAGGUGGUCCUGGAUGCUAUUGUCCUACCUCUACUUAAACAGCCAUCACUUGGUCAACCACAGACCGAAGUAAUCCACAAACUCAUUACAGCUUCACUGGUACCAUCGAUUCGCAUCAUGCUCUUAAGAACUAUUCUUGAUCCAACAACACAAUCACCUGGAACACUUGUGGCCUUGCCUUGGGCAGAUCCAGUUCUUAAUAUUGCUAGUGCACUGUUGACCACUGUGCCGCUUCUGUCCCUCGAUGCGACUCUGGCCCGUGAUCUGAUACAAUCAAUACGUCUAACAGUACAAGCGAAUCCAAAAGACAAAGCUAGCAUGCAGCUGCUGCUAGUCCUAACAACAAAAUAUGCUCACUGUUUGGUCGAAGGAGACCUUAUUACCUCUAUUGAGAGCAUAACAGCCAUGAGCCAAAUGUUUCUUAAACGAUCCGUACAGGCCCAAAUUGGGUCUAUUAAAAAGAAGCUGCAAGUAGUGGAGUCCAAAUGA